AUGAUUAUGGAAAAGAAUUCACAAGUUUGCUCCAAUUAUUUACAAUUUAAAAGUUGUGCAACCAAUUCAAUUAGAAACAAUUUAAAACUUAAAAUUGGAAACGACGAUGGAAACAACCGUGUAAACAACUAUCUUCAUAACAGUUGGGGAGGUGCCUCUAGUAACAGUAGUAGUGACAGCGAAUGUGACUGUGAUAGUAACAGCGAAAGUGAAUGCGAAAAUGAAAUAAAAUAUUAUUUAAAAAAUAAAAUUAAUAUUUCAUUCGAUAUCUCCUCGCUCUAUCUUUCACCAACAGACUUUUCCAACAUUUUAGAGUACUGGCAAUACAGAUUCAAAAACUCUAUCCACUUGAUUGUAGUCUAUAAAAUCAAAUCUAACGAGAUUGGUACCAAGUUUUCUCAGAUGCUACAACUACCAUUAUUAAUAUUAGAAAAGGACGAUAUUAAUAAUACUUUUAACCAUUCAAACAAUAUCAAAUUAAAUGAAAUGGUCCAUUGCUCAUCUUCAAAUGUCGACAAACCAUUUCAUAUUUUAAUAAUGAAUGAAAUAUUAAAAGAAGGUAAAACCCUAACCGAUUCAAUUGAAUAUUUAAAGAAAUACCUUUCAAAGAAUAAUGUUGGCACAUACAAGAUUACAACUACCGCUAUUGCAUCAAUUAAAUCAAUGAAAGAAUUCCCAAAUAAAAAUAACUUAAGAGAUGUAACAAUUGACUUUGAUGAAGAUUUUGAUUUUGGAUUACUACCAUCCAUUGAAAUACUUAAAUUUGGUUCUUAUUUUAAUCAAAUACCCAACUUUAAUCAAAUACCCUUAUCAGUUAAAACAUUGAAGCUGGGGAGAAAUUUCAAUCAACCACUUAAAGCAGGAGAUAUACCCUUAUCAGUUAAAACAUUGAAGCUAGGGAGAAAUUUCAAUCAAUCACUUAAAGCAGGAGAUAUACCCUUAUCGGUUAAAACAUUGAGGCUAGGGAGAGAUUUUGAUCAACCACUUAAAGUAGGAGAUAUACCAUCCUCAGUUAAGACAUUAUUAUUUGGUUAUAGAUUCAAUCAACCACUUAAAGCAGGAGAUAUACCAUCCUCAGUUAAGAUAUUAACAUUUGGUAAUAAUUUCAAUAAACCACUUAAAGCAGGAGAUAUACCGUCCUCAGUUAAUAAAUUAACAUUUGGUAAUAAUUUCAAUCAACGACUUAAAGAAGGAGAUAUACCAUCUUCAGUAGAAAAGCUAAUAUUUGGUUAUGGAUUCAAUUGUUCACUUGGAGAAAUUGUUCUUCCAUCAUCAGUUAAAAAACUAAAACUAGGGAAUUUCGAACAACCACUUAAACAAGGUGAUAUUCCAUCCUCAGUUGAAAAAUUAGAAUUUGGUGAUUAUUUCAAUCAACCACUUAAAGUAGGAGAUAUACCAUCCUCAGUUAAGAUAUUAAGAUUUGGUCAUAGAUUCAAUCAACCACUUAUCGAAGGUGAUAUUCCUUCCUCAGUUGAAGAAUUAGAAUUUGGGACCUUUUUCAACCUGCCUCUUAAUGAAGGAUCCGUGCCGUCAUCAGUCAAGACCUUGGUUUUUGGGGAACAUUUCAAUCAACCACUUAAAGCAGGAGAUAUACCAUCCUCAGUUAAGACAUUAUUAUUUGGUUAUAGAUUCAAUCAACCACUUGUACAAGGUGAUAUUCCAUCCUCAGUUGAAGAAUUAGAAUUUUAUAAAAAUUUCAAUCAACCACUUAAAGCAGGAGAUAUACCAUCCUCAGUUAAGACAUUAACAUUUCGUAGAAGUUUCAAUCAACCACUUAAACAAGGUGAUAUACCAUCAUCAGUCAAGACCUUGGUUUUUGGUGAUUAUUUCAAUCAACCACUAAAAGCAGGAGAUAUACCAUCCUCAGUUAAGAUAUUAACAUUUGGUAUUAGAUUCGGACAACCACUUAAACAAGGUGAUAUUCCACCAUCAGUUAAGACAUUAGCAUUAGGUGAGCAUUUCAAUGAACCACUUAAACAAGGUGAUAUUCCAUCCUCAGUUCAAGAAUUAAAAUUUGGGACCUGCUUCAACCUGCCUCUUAGUGAAGGAUCAGUGCCAUCAUCAGUCAAGACCUUGGUUUUUGGUAGUUAUUUCAAUCAACCACUUAAAGCAGGUGAUAUACCAUCCUCAGUUAAGACAUUAACAUUUGGCAAAAAAUUCAAUCAACCACUUAAAGCAGGAGAUAUACCAUCCUCAGUUAAGACAUUAACAUUUGGUAGAAAUUUCGAUCAACCACUUACCCAAGGUAUACCAGAAUCAGUUGAAUUAAUAUAUAGGAGAGAAAAAAAGGAAAAUAUACUAUUGGUAUAUUAA